AUGAUAAUUUUCAAUACCAAAAGGUUUAUUAUCAGUUACAUACUGUUGAUCUUUAUUACAUCUGUUAAUUUGAAAUUAGUUUCUCUGCCCAAACUCACCAAUUUCAGAUGCAGACUUAACAACUUCGUUACGACUACAAAUGUCUUCUUAUAUGGUAUACCUAAGGCGUCGUUGAAAAUUGUCAAUCAGGCGGAAACAAAUCAGUCAUUCAUGAAUGCUUCCGAGGUUAGUGGCGAGUUCUCAGAAAACCCGGCUUUUGUAGAGGCUAUCCAGAAUCGGUACAAUAGCUUCCAUCCAACUGAAGCUUCUUCUCCGUAAUAAUUGAAACAGGACCGAAGUUCCAUUUGU